AUGACCACGCCGAACGGAUUAGUAACAGUGAAGGAUGAAACCAGGACGCCAGUUCCGUUACCUUCUUCACCUUUAUUCGAAGUCAAAAACGAACCUAUAGAUCAUAAUGAACUGUCAUCUACUCCUCAGGCAUCUAGAUCAGUACAUUCAGGUAGGAUCGGUUCUUCACCAGGUUCGAUGUCAAUGUCACAACGCAGAGGUGUUAGACCUGCUUUCCCUUCACCAAGGAUGAUACGUACCGGUUCAGCUCAGAGUAAUUCCAAUAAUGGGAUAGGCUCAACAAGAGGAUUGCUCACACCUCAAUAUUCAUCAUCAUCAUCCAAACAUCCUCCUUACCCUUCUCCAACUCCCCUCAUUUCCGCUCCGUUAUCGCCUCCUCCCGGUACUGGCUCGGGACAUCCAAGUGCACAAAGAUGGCAUCAAUCGGCUCCUGCCGUACCAUUGUCCGCUAACAUGCCAUCCAUAAAUCAAAAUGGGAAGUCCAAGUCGACCCCAAAUCCAUAUCAAGUUAGUCUGGAUGAGAUACCAAAGGAUUUCGUGUUGAAGAAACUGGUUCAGCUGGCAAGUAAAUAUUGGUAUGCACCUCAUUCAGCAGAUUGUCACAUAAUCGUACCUAUUAAGAGAGCUUCUCGAUCACCUGCUAUCCCUUCCACACCACGUACGGCAAUCCCACCCCUACAUCAACGAUUAUCUACUCAACCGCACGUACCUCAAACUGCAAACAAUUGUGGACCUAUCUUACAUGCCCAACCGGGAGAUUCAUUUUUCGGUCCUUCCACUCCAACAAUUGCGUCGAUACAGGCUGCCGCUCAGGCGGACGGUGGUGGGGAGAUUAAGCCUGAUGUUCUGUCUGGUAGUGUGACGACCAUGGAGGGGAAUAGGGAUAUAAGUGGUGGGAGGCGGGGUAGUCUACCAGGAGGUAAUCAGCUAGAGCAAUGCCUCGUAUUCCCUCUACACAAAGACUACCUUACCACCCAAUCCGUCUUAUUCCAUACCCUUCUAAACUGCCAGGCAGCCCACUUACCGAAUCCACCCCCGAGGGAUUCAGACGGCCGAUUGAUAUUCCAAUCACCCGUGAUAAGGGGUGCUAAAGUGCUACCUACCAAAUCGGAUCGACCGAAAGCUCUUUAUGUACCAUUACCUGAUCCAGCGAGUUUCGGAGUGAUAUUGCAUUGGCUGUAUUGGCACGACGCCGAUCAUUUCAAUCAUUGUUUAUCGAAAGGACUCGUAACUUGGCAAGGAGUCAUACGGAACAUCGAAUACCUCUCAUUAGAUAACGAGAUCAAGCUAUUAGCCGGGAGAUGGUGGAAAAGAUGGGUGAAACCUACCGAACUUACCGAAAGACGUAAAGCUCCAAGUGUCGUUCCAGGGAAAGGCAAAAGAAGAGCAUUUUCAACCUCUGCUGCUGCUGCAGCUAAGAGAGAGAUGACUAUGAACAUAGAUGAUGAUGAUGACGAUGAGGAAAAUGAAGACGAGGAAGAUAGUGGAGAUGAAGCUGAUGAUGAAGAUAUAGAAGACCCUAAUGGUAGGAAUAUAAAGGUCAAAAGUGAGGAUGAAGGUUUAGCGGAUCAUGUUUCACUCAAUUUGGGUAGAUUGUGA